GAAGCGGCAAGAAGGUUCCGGACCCAAGCUGCAGCAUUUUACUCCUUUUGCCAUUCCUUACGGGCCAGCCUUCGGAGACUUCUGUUUAAGCGGAAUCAAAUUCGGAUCAAAUCUCUGAGUUAUGUUUUAGCUUUUCUCUAAUCUCACUCCUUCGGUCUAUGGCAACAUCUCAUGAGUUGGGAAGUUCCUUCUUUCCACGAUUCUUUUGCUUCCUUCUGGUUCCUUUCAACUCCGCUCUUUUUCAAAAUUGCAAGCGGAUUAUCUAAUAGUGAGCUUCUCGUCGUUCACCAGCCUUUCCCUCAGCGAAACAAUCCUCCCUAGUUUUGGCGCGCGAGCCGGGUGAGUCUGGAGGAGGAGUCACUGCCGCCGCCGCCUUCGCCUGUGGUUUCAGGACCUUGGAGAGCUGCUUGGACGGAUCGGUCGGGGAACUGCGGCACCACUCAUAGCUAAGCGACUGGAGGAUUGCGCAGUCCUCUCUCAAUUUGCGGGCGAUGCGUGCCCGCAAUUCAUGAAGUUGUGAUUCUACACCCUUUAUUCCGUCUACUAGUUGUGACCAGCCUGCUAGGACGCAAUUUAUGUCCAGGCGUAAUUCGUGUUCCUCCACUUUUCAUUGGUUUGGAUGUUGUGGGUCAACGCCACAGCUGAUUUCAUCAAAGCCUAAUUGGGAACCCUACUUUUUAAGGCCUUUUUGUAGCGAGGAUAGCUUACUUUUUAACAAAAUAAUCCUUAUUUGGUUUUGUUUUGAUUUAAUUAGAAUAUGAGUGGGUACAUCACAAUUAAUAAACUGUGGUUUUCUUCUGGAGUUGAACAAUAUAGCAACAUUGCAAUCAGAGUGGGAGACUGGCAUUGUGAGGGAAGAGUGUAGAUGUAAAGCAGGGGGAAAUAUCUCAGAUUGCAAGAGAAUGUCAUUUAUUUACAAAGAUGGAGGUUAAUUGAAUACUGAAGAAUAGUUAAAUACUCACUCCAAAGACUCUAAAUAUAAAAGUUAUCAAGAAAGAUAAAGAAGAUUCUACAAAUAUUCCAAAACAUGGACUAUCUAGGGUAGAAGUGGGGAUUUUAAAAAGCAAGCAAAUGGACAGUAGCAAACAAUUCUUCAGAAGAAUCAUAUUGGAGAUUAUAAUAAAGUAAUUGACCAAAGACAUUGGCUUGCAGGACUCAAUUACUUAAAAUAAAUAUAUAUUUCCAAUAAGAAGGUGUGUUAUAUUUAAAUCUGGAUUACUAGUUUUAUAAAUCUUAAUUCUUUAAGAAGGAGCCAUAAUUAAUCCCUUUUAAAUGCCUAGCCUUCAGUUUUUUCUUUCCCUAAUGUCAUUUUUGAAUAUCCCUUCUUAACAUGCCUUCUUUUUAAAACAAAAUUAAAAUGUUAUGUAUUUCAUUUGAGUUAGAAGAAGAUGUCAUACUGCUGUAUCAUUGGAACAUUUGAGAAUUUUUUUGUGAGAGGAAACAGUCUUUGCUGAAUGUGAAAUUAUAUCAAACCCAAGGAGUUCUCAUAAGUGAAAUUAAUCUUGAGAGUUUUUCUACAAAAUGAAGAAAUUUAGUUUUCACAAAGUUUUGGAUGGUUUAACUUCAUCCUCUAGUGGAAACUGCAGUAAUAGUAGCAGUGGCAGUGGGCCUGGAAGGAAUUCUGGGAACUCCGAAGAGGCUGCAGGGACACCCAGGGAUGAAAUUCAGGAAAGGCUGACUGCAGACUACUUUCGGUUAAGCAAGACAGUUCGUCAUGGAUUUCCAUAUCUGCCCACCGUUUUAGCUUUUGACCCAGUUCAAAAGAUUCUGGCUGUUGGAACAAGAAGAGGUGCAAUACGAAUAUUGGGCAGGCCAGGUGUUGAUUGCUAUUGUCAGCAUGAAAGUGGUGCUGCUGUUUUGCAGCUUCAAUUUUUAAUUAACGAGGGUGCUUUGAUAAGUGCAAGUUCAGAUGACAUGCUUCAUUUAUGGAAUCUAAGACAGAAACGGCCAGCGAUUCUUCAUUCCCUGAAAUUUAACCGAGAACGGAUUACUUUCUGUCAUCUCCCUUUCCAAAGCAAGUGGCUGUAUGUUGGAACAGAGAAGGGAAAUACACAUAUUGUAAAUAUUGAAUCCUUCAUACUUUCUGGAUAUGUUAUCAUGUGGAACAAGGCAAUAGAACUAUCAACGAAGAUUCACCCUGGGCCUGUUGUGCAUCUAAGCGAUAGCCCGAGAGAUGAAGGGAAAUUAUUAAUAGGUUAUGAAAAUGGGACCAUAGUAUUAUGGGAUUUGAGAUCAAAAAGAGCAGAUUUAAGAGCAUAUUACGAUGAGGCUAUUCACUCAAUUGGAUGGCAUCAUGAAGGGAAGCAAUUUAUGUGCAGUCAUUCUGAUGGCAGUUUAACUCUAUGGAAUCUAAAAAGUCCCCGUCGGCCUUUCCAGAUAAUCAUUCCUCAUGGUAAGAUUCAGCAAGAUGGGAAAAAAGUUGAAUCUUGUAAGCCCAUUCUUAAAACAGAAUACAAGACCUGUAAAAACAGUGAUCCUUUUAUCAUUUUUUCUGGUGGACUUUCUUAUGAUAAACCUUGGCGAAGGCCAGGUCUGACAAUCAUGCAUGGAAAAGCAAUUGCAGUGCUUGAAAUGGAUCACCCUGUGGUUGACUUUUUAACUCUUUGUGAAACUCCAUACCCAAAUGAAAUUCAAGAACCCUAUGCUGUUGUUGUACUAUUGGAAAAAGAUCUAAUUGUUGUUGACCUGACUCAAAGCCAUUUUCCCAUUUUUGAAAAUCCUUAUCCCAUGGAUAUUCACGAUUCACCUGUUACCUGCACAGAAUACUUUGCUGAUUGCCCUCCAGAUUUGAUUCCUGUGCUAUAUUCUAUAGGUGCAAAACAUAAAAAGCAAGGAUAUAGCAAUAAGGAGUGGCCUAUCACUGGCGGAGUAUGGAACCUAGGAUCACAAACAUAUCCUGAGAUUAUUAUUACAGGUCAUGCAGAUGGAUCAGUAAAAUUUUGGGAUGCUUCUGCCAUCACACUGCAAAUGCUGUACAAGUUAAAAACUUCAAAAAUAUUUGAAAAACGGAAGUUGCAAGGCAAGCCAUCAGCAGAUAUGACAGAAGAGGAUCCUUAUGCAAUCCAGUUAAUGAACUGGUGUCCUGAAAGUAGAAUAUUUUGCAUAGCAGGUGUCUCUGCAUAUGUUAUUGUUUAUAGAUUCAGCAAACAUGAAGUUAAUACUGAAAUAUCGUCCUUAGAAAUACAGCUCCAGAGUGAGAUAGAAGAUACCAUUAGUCCUGAAGCAGAAAUUAUGACUCCAUUUGCCGAUGCCUGUUCCGAUUUUUCAACUUUAAAAGACCUCUCAGACAAUUGCAAUACUCCAUCUGAGCGGACAAUGGAUUGUGGUCCAUUUCUCAGUGUGAAGACUCAUGCUAUAAGAAUGCCCCCUGGUUAUCAAGCAGAACUUGUUAUUCAAUUGAUGUGUGUAGAUGGUGAGCAUCCUCAACAAAUAACCAGCCUAGCAGUGAAUUCAGCCUAUGGAUUAGUUGCAUUUGGAAACUGCAGUGGUCUGGUUGUCGUAGAUUUUAUGCAGAAGACUAAACUGCUGAGCAUAGGAAGCUUUGACCUCUACGGAUCGAGUGAUCCCUAUCAGCUCCACCUUCAUUCUCCUCGCAGAAGCAAGCAGUUUAGUGCAGGUGUCACAGAGGUACCGGAUGGUCCACUUCCAAUGGAGCUGGAGCGGUGCAGGUCCCCCACAGCUUCAGAUUCUGUAAAUGGACACUGUACAAAUCCAACUUCCCUAACUUGCAGUUCUGGAAAACGGCUGUCCAGUGCAGAUGUUUCCAAAGUCAGUCGUCGUGUUUCUGGGAAGCCUCCAUUUAGGAAAGCACAGUCCGCUGCUUGCCUGGAGAUCUCUUUGCCCGUCACAAUGGAAGAAAACAGAGAGAAUUCAUUCAGCCCUUCUCGAAGUUCUAGCAUCUGCAGUAUUGACAAAGAAUCUAAGGAAACAAUCACAGCUUUAAAUUUCAUGGAAUCAUUUUCACGGAAAAAUGACACAUCUUUGUCUCCUUGCCUCUGGGUUGGAACAGGUCUGGGUGUAGUCUUGACUCUUUCCCUUCAUCUUCCCACUGUCGAUGAAUUAAGGCAAACAGAGCCAGUAACAGUUUCACUCAGUGGUACAAUUUUAUCACUAAAGGGAGCAGUGUUAACCUUUGCUUACUUGGACUGCAUGGGAACAUUAAUACAUCCUCCCUAUGAAGCAUGGAGAGAUCCAAACGCCACUGAGGAUAGCGAAAGAACCAAUAAAAGGAAACUUGUCCUUCAUUCUUCAUGCUCCCAGAACACAGGAGACCACCAGUUUGCCAUUAUCUGCUCAGAGAAACAAGCCAAAGUAUUUUCAUUGCCUUCCCAGAUAUGCCUCUAUGUUUACAACAUCACAGACACAUUAUUUUUGCGAGCAGAUGCGGUGACCCUCUCUAACAGUGUUUGCUUGGCAUGCUUUUGUGCCAAUGGGCAUAUCAUGAUAUUGAGUUUACCCAGCCUCCGCUCGCUGCUAGAUGUGAAUUUCUUGCCUGAAACAGAUACAAGGAUUGCCCGGACCUUUUGUUUUACCAAUGAAGGACAAGCUUUGUAUCUUGGUUCUCCAACAGAAGUCCAGCGACUGAACUAUAGCCAGGAAAUGUUUGACAAUCUGCAGGACAUGCUUGGUGAUUUGUUCAUUCCCAUGGACACGCCAGAGGCCCAAUAUAGAGGUUUUCUGAAGGGGCUGUUUGGUGGAACUGGUGGAACACUUGACCGAGAAGAUCUGUUUGGCGAAGCAACAUCAGGAAAAGCAUCUCGUGCGCUUGCUCAACAUAUUCCCGGAUCAAUUGAGGGUGUGAAAGGAGCUGCAGGAGGUGCUAUUGGAGAGCUGGCUCGUGCACGCCUUGCUCUUGAUGAAAGGGGACAAAAACUUGGUGAACUAGAUGAAAAGACAGCACGAAUGAUGUCAAGUGCAGAGGCAUUUUCCAAACAUGCACAUGAGGUAAUGGUCAAAUACAAGGACAAAAAAUGGUACCAGUUCUGAUUUUCAACUGGGAAGCUGUCUCUGAAUGUGCUGUAUUGAGACAUUAGUGGGAGAAGCUUCAACAGAUCAGCUUCUUGGCAGAAGCAGCUGUUGUUCCGUGCCGUUUCCUCUUUCCCUUUCCUGUCCCAGAGAGUCAAAGAAGAAGGUAGUUUUCCAAGGCCACUGCAUAAUGGAUUAUUUUCCAAAUCAUCAAUAUCUAACAGGCAAAAUUUAACUGGCUUUGAAUAUAAGCUGUGGAAAGGAUAAUUCCUGGUUUGAAGCAGCAUGUAUAUAUUAGAUUGUUAAUGCAGUUACAUGAACAAAAUUUUGCAUGAUUAACUGGCUUCCUAUACAAAAAAAGCAAAGCAUGCUAUGACUAAGGAAAGAGGUUUUAUUGUUAUGUUCUACAAAUACCCAGACUUUUUAAAACAUUUCUAGCAUGUUGCUUUCAGCUGAAAAUAAACUGCAUUUCUCUGAUUUGACAUUUUCCUGUCGGCAAAUUUAGUUUGAAAACAGUCAUGCAUUUAAUUAGUUAACAAAUAAAGUCACAUAAAGUUUAGCGGCCAAACCUUUGUGCUUUCUUUAUGAGAUGUCUAGUAUUUUUAAACAGAUGUUACUAUUGUAUCCAGUAUUACAUAUAUUCCUUAAGUUUGUUCCAUCGAAGUUCCAGAUAAUUUUGCAACUUUUCCAAAGUUCAUGGGUUAUAUGCUGCAUUAUUAUCCAAAAUCACACAUUUUUGUCUUAAACUUUCCUUAAAUCUGCACAUUUUGUAAAGUUUUUGAACUGAGAAAUAUCUUGAUGCAAAUUGUGGUGUAUUCUUUGAAUUAUGUUUCUGGUUUCAAUGGACUUGAAAGAAAUCUGAUUGAUUUCUCCAAUAAUGAGUCUUUGCUUCUACUUUGGGAACUGCAGCAAAAAUUUAUAAAUAAACUAUACAAAUUACAACUAGUGUUGCUUUUUUUCCAUUAAUUGUAGUAGAAAACAUAUCUAGUAAGCAGGUUAUAUAAAGACAUAAAUUUCAUUGAUAAAAGGGAUUGCAAGUACCACUUUUGGGAAAUCCCCAAAUUAGCUCACUGGGUACUAAUAUAGCCAAGAAUGAAGUGAGGAUAAAAAGGCUUUUUUUAAAAAAAACAACAACAAAGGAGCACCUUUCAUAAAGGGAUGGAUAACAUUUUGACAACAAAGUUUGUGCCAAAACAUUAUCCCUUCCACAAAAAUCUUUGUUUGACUGAGAACUUCUUGAUGCAUCUACCAAGGAACACCUAGUCUCUCCAAAGAGUAAGGCAGGCCUGAGACAAAUAGGUUUAUCUGCCAGUCAAAGAUGCUGAAGUUACUAAAAGCAUAAUUCCAGUUUGGAAAAAAUGGAACAGAAACCAUGCUGUCUAGUAAAAAACCUACUGAAUGAACAUCUACAAUUAACAAAGUCUGUAAGUUGAUAAGAGAAGGAAAGGGAUUUUGAAAAAUAAUCUGAAAUUCUAAGAAGUCUAAAGUCUGAAAUGAACUGAGGCUGAUGAAACUUUCAAAACAAAAGGAAAAGCAACACUGAACCAAAGAACAUAACAAAAGGACCACAAAAUGAUGACAGGUUAGGUGGACUGCUCUACUGUAUAAAGAAAAGGAUAUAUGAGGGUGUAAAAUAGUUUUAUAAAAUUGUGCGUAGAAUGGAGAAACUUAUUAAACAAAAUUGUCUAGGUUUAUUACAUAACCAGGGAAUGAUCUGUUAUCUGUUAUCACAUUUGAAUAUGCAGUUAAGCAUUGUAUGGUAUUUAAGCCAACAAAUGUUGAUGUAAAUUCUUAGCAAGUUUUAUGCUUAUAUAAGAAAACAAAUAUAAAAAAUAAAAUAAAAUGGAUUUAUUAUUUACCAUAUAGUAAAUGAAAAUUAUGAUUGAGAACUUUAUGGUUACUUUAAUUUAGGAUGUGCUACAAAAUUAGGGAACUGGUCUGGAAGCAAGACAAAUAGAAAUUUAAAAUCCUCCUUUGUACAGU